GAAAACAAACGGUGAUGGAUAAGACGGAAAACUCCAAUAAAAGCAAAGAAUUCCAUAAUUUUUUGACAGAACUUUGCAACCAAUUCAAAGAAAAAUGUGACACAGAAAAUUCUGUACCAUUAAGGCACCCAAAUCCACGGGUCACCACGGGAGAACUUGAAGGAGAAUGUUUAGUUUGGUGUUUGGAGCACUUGUCAACAAGGGGGUGUCCUGCAGGGUUCUCGUACCUGUUAGCGCGGGAUGUAUACCGACACAUAGAGGUGGAGGACCUGGCAGGGUAUGUUACAGAGGACAAGUGGCGUGAUCCCAGCCCUCCAGGGAAUGAUGCACAGACUAACGGGGACAACGCAAACCCCACCAGCAAUGACGAGGACAUAGAAUAUGAUGCCAAAAGUCUGCAUGACCAUGUGCUAGAUGUGCUGGGGUUGGUGUGUAAGGCAUGGCUGGACAAUUUCCCGGUAUUCAACAUUGCGGGGAAAGAGCCGGUGGUGUCACACCACGCCAUCAAGAACACGCGCAGGAAGAUGGAGGACAAACACGUCAUUGUCCAGGAUCUCAAUGCACUUUAUGACAUCAAGGACCAGACCCCUCAGGCUUUCUAUGGGAUAUUUGACGGGCAUGCAGGAUCAGAUGCAUCCAUGUUUGCAGCAAAGCACAUUCUGACUCACCUUGUACGUCACUGCAACCUUGCCACUGACCCCGCUCGUGCCUGCACAGAAGCGUUCAGGCUCACGGACGAACAGUUCAUUACCAAGGCUAGGAAAGAGAAAUGGCGUAGUGGAUGUACCGGUGUGGUAAGCCUAUUGCGAGGGUCUCGACUAUACAUGGCAUGGCUGGGGGACUCUCAGGCUGUUCUUGUUAACAAUGGGAAGGCAGCCAACUACAUGGAGCCACACAAACCAGACAACCUGGCUGAGCGAGAGCGAAUCCAGAAGGAGGGAGGGUUUGUUAUGAAGGUUGGAGAAAUGUGGCGCGUAGGAGGAAACCUCGCUGUGUCACGGGCAAUAGGUGAUGUGCAGUACAAGCCAUUUGUGAGCAGCAAGGCAGAGGUUCAGGAGAUGUCCCUCGAUGGUGGGGAGGAGUACCUUGUGCUUGCCUGUGAUGGCCUUUGGGAUGGCCUCACCCCUGAGGAGUUACCACAUGUUGUGUAUAACUAUGUCACCAAAACCGGCGGCGACCUUCAGGGUGUGGCCAAGCACCUUGUCAAGUAUGCAAAAGACAACGACUCCCAAGAUAACAUAUCUGUGAUUGUUGUAUUCUUCAGGGAAAAUCUGUCCAAGCCUGUAGCUGAUACAGGACUCUUUAACCUUCUCGGAGGGAGUGACACUCAGGGUUCUAAUGAUUUGGGUAAAGGUAAAGGAGAUUUUGGAGGCAGCUCUGGGGCGGGAAAAGGUGGUGAUACUGACAACACCGGCGCCAACUCCCCAGGACACAAUGGUCCAAAUGGAGCGACUGAGGUACCACCAGCAGAUGAGAACAUGAACAAUGAAGAAAUAAACAACGAAUCAGAAAAAACAAGUGACCUUAAUGAGAUGAAUAUAGAUGACAAUGAGCAUCUAUUCAACAUGAACCACAGUUUUAUGAUGCCUUUUGAAGCUGAAAAGGAAGAACUGUCUGAAAAUUUGGAUGAGGAAGUGAGCGGUGUGGAUGACGCUGAUUGCUACGGCGUGUUCAACACUCGCAUGGUGGAUGGACCCUUGGACCUCGACUUCAUCUCUGACACAAACUCCACCGGUCUGCUCAAGGAUAUUGCCAACACCAUGUACAAUCAGUCCAGCUUUGAUCAGUUCCAGCAUGUCAAGGACGAGAGUAGUAGAAUCAAUGGAAUGCAGGUUCAGCAAAGUAGAAAUUUAAACAAAAGCUUGCAAAGUUACCUGAAUGCAGAGAGAGUUGGAGACAUGCCAAAAGUGAAAAGAGAGGAACAUACACGAGUCCGCAGAAAUGGAAAAAAGAAGAGUGGAUCUCCAGUAUGUUGGGCCUUCACAGGGAAGAACAAGGCCUCUGUACAAAACCACAAGCUCAACAUGGCAGCUAAAUCCUUCAACAAGGUGUCAGGGGAGGCUAUCCCAUCAGUUAAACUACCACCCUUCAAAUUUGCUCAAAACUAUUCAAGGAAUGAAAAUAUACAUGAUAUUGCUAACCUCACUAUGUCCAAUGGAAAGCUUGAAAGCAUACCUCAACCUUGGCCGAAAGUGUUACCUUCUAGUCUGGAUAAACUCUCGGGGUUUACGGUGUUUGGGAAUAAGUCCGCACGGCAGAACGAGUCACAGAAGUUCCAAACAAUGUGGCGACCCCGGAAACCCCUGAAGCCCAUCACCACUGUGGUGUACGAGACCCCACCCACACCCUUUGUCAACACCAAGUUGGGGCUAACCCGGGAACAUUGAACCAGCCCCACUCUAACAUGCCUUAAUAUGUUGACUUUUGUGCCAAUGUCUGUGUGUGAGAUGUGUGUGAGAACAUUUCUAAUGUUACUUAUAAUGAUCUUGGAUUAGAUAAUUUUAGCACUCAUUUAAUGUGUAAGAAUAUUUUAUGUUGUUUUUAAUGUAUGUUGAUAUACAGCAGCCAAUUGUAUAAACCUUUGAUAAGUUGUCCACAGGUUCUCCUUUACCUAGUGCAGACAUUUAAAUCAUUUUAUUAGUUUAUUAUAAUCAUUAGAAUAAUAUUGACCAAUCAAUAAUUUUGGCAAACUGACCAAACCAAAGAAUUAACCAGUUUGUACAGUUGGCUUCAGUUGUGUCUAGUUAAGGAGGCUGUUAUUUGUUGUUAUACAUGUAUACAUUAUAUCAUUUUGUACUAAUUUUGUAUUUUAUUCUCUUACAUUCCUUGUAAGAAAGGAUAGAUGUUUGCUUGUUAAUUUUAAUAACACCAUUGGAUGGCCUCUCUCGUCUGUUUGUGUAUGUAUAUAGCAUUAAUACAUAAAUGGAGAAAUUUACUAAGGUUUAUGUAUUUUUAUGAAUUUCAUUUUAAUAGUAAUUUUACUUCUUUUAUUUAAUUUGCAAAGAUACGAAAGAGAAGCGAUAUGUUUCUGACAUUGAAGCUUGAUGGAAGAGUUACUGAAUAAUGUUAUUAUGUUGCAGAAUUUGGACAAUAUUUGAAAAUUAUUUUGUGGUUUGAAAAGGACAGAUAGUUCAAAUGACUGUCAGUUUAAACUAUGAUGGUUUUGUUGCUAGUAACAAUGAUGUUUUUAUAACAAGUGCCGCUACAAUUUAUACAGUUAUUUUAUGUAUGAUGAUAAUAAUGAUGUUAAUGGAAAUAAUUGUUUAAGUAAGGAGGUGCUAAAAUUAUUAGUCUAGUGUUGUUGUGUCAACUGUAAAGGUUAAAUAUAGGUAUUGGUGUGUCAACUGUAAAGAUGACAUAAAAGUAUUGUUGUGUCAACUUUAAGGCCACAUAUAGGUAUUGUUGUGUCAUCUGUAAAGGUGUUAUUUUACGCGCUGGUAGCACUGGCAUCUACAAAACCUUCUAGAGAUACCUUAAAUAUUUAUUAUCUAAUCAUGUUGAAACUUGGUGACUGUGUUGGUAGUCAAAGUGUCUUAGUUAGGUUUAAUCGUGUGAUGUAUGGCCUAUAGUUAGCUAUGCCCCUUUUACAUUAACAAAUAAUAGCCUUAUAUAUUGUGCAGACUAACUUAAGGUUUUAUUAUCCAAACAUGAUAAAUCUUGGUGGCAUUCUUGUGAGCAUAAUUUCUCAGUCAUGUCCGAUUUUGGGCUAAAUCAACUCCAGAGUUAUGGCCCUUUUACAUUAAUAAAAGGAAGAUUAGAGUCUUUUGUAGACAAUAACUAAAUGCAAAGUUUUGUGGGGUUUUGUUUUCUGCUGUAUCUAAUGAAACAGUUCAAUAAGCUGUGACCAUUGAUUAAUAAAAAUGUAUGUGGAAAAAAUCACCUAUGAAGGCCUCAAGCACUGAAACAGUGAUCAGUGAUAUACAGCUUAUCCAUAAGACUCUCCUCAUUCCUUAUAACAAAGUUGUUGUUUGCUUUUAAGUAAUAAUUAUCAAAUCAUGAUGAAACUUGGUGACAGUGUUGGUUGGCAUAAUGUUUUUAUGAAGUUUGAAUGUGGGGUAACUCACCUCAGUAACUCCAGAGUUAAGUCCCUUUUACAGUGCAAUAUUGAUGCUUUAUUACUUGUGCAGCCAAUUACUUAAUUAUAAUCCAAUCAUGAUUAAACUGUAACAUUGUUAAUAGGCUUACUGGCUUGACCAUGUUUGAUCAAGAGAUAAAUUGCUCAAGUUAAAGCACAGUAAUAGACCUGUAUUACUUAUGCAGACACUUAAUUUCAUUAAUAUCAUCCAAUCAUGAUUCAAGUUAAUGUCAGUGGUUGCAGGCAUAAUGUUUUGACUAAGUUUAUGAGAUAAAUCACUCAAGUUAAACUGCAGUUAUGCCCCUUUUACAUUUAAAUGCAAGUGGCUUACUUUUUGAUUGGGUAUAUUAGACAGAGAAGUUCAAUUCGUAAUUGACUACUAAGUUUUGCGCCUUUUAAAUAAGAUUGAUAUUAUAGCUGGUUGACUGUGAUGGGCACUCCGAUCAGGCGGCUUAUCUUUGAAAUGCUAGUUUGUUAUGGUGUUUUGUUUUGAUUUUGUGUUAAAAGAGAUUGUGUUAUAUGUUGUUUUGAAAUUGAUUGUUUAAAUACUUCAGGAAAUAGAUGAUAUUUUUUUGUUAUGAGUGGCAGGUAUCUUGUAAAUAGUGUUCUGUUCUCAGUUACAUUUGUGCUCUAAUACUCAGUUUAAAAUGCAAUCAGUAUGCAGGCAGAUAUCAGGCAUAACCUAUUGAAUUAAGCUGUCUGUAGUAAGCAAAUGCUUUUACAAUGUAGAUUGCAUUAUUCAUGUUACACUAUCAUCUUCAACUGUUUUCAUUCAUGAUUGCUGUGUCAUACCUCUCACUUGUGCUGUUCACUGUGUUAAAGAUUGCUUUGUUGCCAUUUUAAUGUUGUGAAUAUGUGUGUGCGCGUGUAUGAGUGAGCGUGCAUGUGUGUGUAGAUGCCUGCUCUGUGUAUAAUGUUUACUGGAUGCUGGUUUCUUCUGGCACAAUCUCCAAUUGCAGUCACCCACACCCGCUCACUCACUCACUCACUCACACACACACACGCACACACGCACACACGCUCACUCUCAGAUGUGUGCAUGUUUUCAGUUUAUUUUUAUACUUUCUGUCAUUUAUUCUUCGAAGAUAAAAAACAACAACAUGAUUUUGUUCUCCCAUUUUCAUUGUCUGGUCUUUUUAUUGUGUGAUGUAAUUCUUGUUCCAGUGCCAAUUAAACCUUCUUUUCUGCGAUUGAUAUGUCUGUAUUUGGAAUGUCAAAUGAUGAAUGAAAGUCUGAAAACACCCAUCAGUAUGGAUGUCCCAUUUAAUUAUAGUGGUAUUAUUAUAGAAGACAGAUUGUUUAACACCUCUAACAGGGAAUAUUCCUACUGUCAUGGUUAUUCAUAAAACAAAGUAUGUAAUAGUACUUCAAUAUUGUUUUUGUUUACUUCCUAGUUUUAUUUAGUUUCUAUAUUUCCUGUAAACCAUCAUUGCCUAUUGUUUACCUGAUUUAUGUUAUAUUUUUACAAAAUGUUUUUUUCAAUUGAUUUGAUACAGAACCAUCUUUAUAUAUUAUUAAGAAAAUGCUGAUGUUUCUGGACUGCUUGUGGUUUGAAACAGCCAGACAUUUUUGUUUUUUAAUUUUUGUAUUCUGACAAAAUCGCAAAAGGGGGAGUUAAGAUGCAAAAAAAUGAGAUACCAGGAAAGCUUUUGUAAUUAAUGUUUGAAAAAUAAUUCUCUUUUUAAUUAAUAUUUUUUGAGAGUAAGCCGUUUUACAGCAAAUAAUUUUUGCGUGUAAUUUAAAUUCAGCUAUGUUAUUAAAUGUAAAUUCCUCAAUCGUUGCAGAAUUAUUUCUGAUUUUCAGACAUUGUACUUGAAAAAUGUAUAUAACCGUCUUAUAUAUACACAGACAUAUAUGUGUAAACAUAUGAAGUAACCAAUACAUGAUAUAUAUAUAUUUAUGUCUCCCCCUCUCUGGGGGAGACAUAUUGUUUUUGCCCUGUCCGUCAGUCCGGUAGUCCGGUAGUCCGUCAGUCCGUCCGUACGUCACACUUCGUUUCCGAUCGAUAACUGGAAAACCGCAUGACCUAGGAUCACCAAACUUGGUAGGGAGGUUGGUCAUGAGGUGUAGAAGAUCCCUAUUGUUUUUGGGGUCACUAGGUCAAAGGUCAAGGUCGCGGCGACCCCCAAUGUAAAAAACAUUUCCGCUCAAUAUCUUGACAAUGGUUUGACCUAGGUUCACCAAACUUGGUAGGGAGGUUGGUCAUGAGGUGUAGAAGAUCCCUAUUGUUUUUGGGGUCACUAGGUCAAAGGUCAAGGUCGCGGCGACCCCCAAUGUAAAAAACAUUUCCGCUCAAUAUCUUGAGAAUGGUUUGACCUAGGUUCACCAAACUUGGUAGGGAGGUUGGUCAUGAGGUGUAGAAGAUCCCUAUUGUUUUUGGGGUCACUAGGUCAAAGGUCAAGGUCGCGGCGACCCCAAUGUAAAAAACAUUUCCGCUCAAUAUCUUGAGAAUGGUUUGACCUAGGUUCACCAAACUUGGUAGGGAGGUUGGUCGUGAGGUGUAGAGGAUCCCUAUUGUUUUUGGGGUCACUAGGUCAAAGGUCAAGGUCGCGGCGACCCCCAAUGUAAAAAACAUUUCCGCUCAAUAUCUUGAGAAUGGUUUGACCUAGGUUCACCAAACUUGGUAGGGAGGUUGGUCGUGAGGUGUAGAGGAUCCCUAUUGUUUUUGGGGUCACUAGGUCAAAGGUCAAGGUCGCGGCGACCCCCAAUGUAAAAAACAUUUCCGCUCAAUAUCUUGAGAAUGGUUUGACCUAGGUUCACCAAACUUGGUAGGGAGGUUGGUCGUGAGGUGUAGAGGAUCCCUAUUGUUUUUGGGGUCACUAGGUCAAAGGUCAAGGUCGCGGCGACCCCCAAUAUAAAAAACAUUUCUGCUCAAAAUCUUGAGAACGGUUUGACCUAGGUUCACCAAACUUGGUAGGGAGGUUGGUCAUGAGGUGUAGAAGAUCCCUAUUGUUUUUGGGGUCACUAGGUCAAAGGUCAAGGUCGCGGCGACCCCCAAUGUAAAAAACAUUUCCGCUCAAUAUCUUGACAAUGGUUUGACCUAGGUUCACCAAACUUGGUAGGGAGGUUGAUCAUGAGGUUUAGAAAACUCCUAUAUUUUGGGGGGUCACAAGGUCAAAGGUCAACGUCGCUGUGACCUCUAAUGUAAAAAAAUAUUUCCGUGCAAUAUCAGGAGAAUGCUUUGAUCUAGGUUCACCAAACUUUGAAGUGAGGUUGGUCAUGAUGUCUAGUUGAUUUUGCAAUCAGUUGGUCAAAGGUCAAGGUCACUGACCUUGAGGUGAAGAACCGGUUUCUGCUCAAUAACUCAAGAACGUUUACACCCAGGAACUUCAUACUUGGUAUGCCAGUUAGUCAUGACUAGUUGAUGGCCCCUAUUGAUUUUGGGAUCCAUCAUUGAUUAUUUCUCACCUACGACCACACAAUGGGGGAGACAUGCGCUUUUUCAAAAAAGCAAUCUCUAGUAUAUUCUUGAUAAUCCUUUUUAUACCCCUGACAGACAGAGUUUGAAGGUGUAUAUUGGAGUCAUCCUGUGGUUGGUUUGUCAGUCCCUUGCAAUUUUCCUGGUCUGGAACAUAACUUGAAAACUGAUUGUUGUAAUUUUAUUUAACCUCAUACAAUGGUAAAGCACAAUGAGAUGAAAUUCAGUGCACAGGACCCAUGACUCCAUAUUAGCUAAUUACAGAGUUAUUGCUCUUUGUUAUGUUUUAUUGUCCAGAAAAUAACUUGAAAACUACUUGAUGGAAUUUAAUUUGACUUAAUACAAUGGUUUAGCACAAUGAGCGAAAGUGCAUAACUGCGGAAGGACCAAAACUAUUUUAGCUAAUUUACGGAGAAAUUGCCCUUUAUUACUCUUUUCUUGUCCGAAACGUGACUUGAAAACUGCUUGAUGGAAUGUAAUUUGACUUCAUACUAUGGUAAAGAAUACCGGGGGUAUAAAUCACAUUCAGUGAUAGAUCUAGUUAAAGGCUACGUUAAAACAUUUUUCUCAAUAUUAAAUAUUUAACUUUGUCUCUCAUUAAACUUUCAAAAAUAUG